CUCUACAGUUUGCCUUCAAUUAGCUCGAACUACCAGUCCAUCAAACGAGUAGAAUGAACGUGUAACAUAUAGAUGUAGGGCCUGAGUUAUCAUGAUUAAAAGCGCUUUGGACAACGUUAUACAAUGGAGAAGCAUCUUCUUGCGUUUUUAAGUACUUUUUUCAAAAGCAAUUGGAUUAUGGUCGGGUUGGGCUUCUGUUAUUACUGGUCAGUAGAUUGGGCUUGAGUUAAAUAUGUGCGGAUGGAGAAAAUUGAACAUGGGCCGGAUCAGAAAAGUCGGCCCGAAUUGCAGUGGAAUGAGGGGGAGGAGAAUCUAGAAGACGCCGUGGCCCUCCACCUCAGAUUGGAUUUUGCCAAUUUGCAUAUUUUCGUUCGUCGAGAAAAAUGGAGGACGACGGACAACCGUCGGAUGGAGAAGCAGCAGCAUCCGCAGCGGCAAAAACGUCACUCUUCCCCGUCGUACCCGCCUCUCAGCAAAUCACGAGCGUCCCGCAGUGGCUUUCUAAUACCAGCUUCACCACCCAACUCUCCGCCAUAAACGACGCCGUCGCCGCACACUUCAAACCCGAGCCUCCGCCGUCACCGCCCGCGCCGCAAGAACAUGAACAGGGGGAUGUGCGGUCACAAGCGCAGCCGUACGAGAUGCUGGAGUCUUCUUCUGGAUCCGAUAGGAGCGACGAGAGAGAGAGGACGAAGAAGAAGAAGAAGAGUAAAAGGAGGAAGAAGAGGAGGAGAGAGAGAUCCGUCGAGAGAGGAAGCGGAGCGUUCGCCGAUUAUGGGUCGAGGAAGUCCGGUGUUCGGGUUUGGGCCGACUCCGAGACUAAACCUUCCAAAGAUUAUUACCUCGAUUCUCAUGGGGACCGUGACAAUUUGGCCUUUGGAAGUUUGUACAGAAUGGACAUUGCUCGCUACAAACCUUAUGGUCUUGCUGAGCUAUCCAGGUCUGAUUUUCGAGGUUUGUCCCGGUGGAACAAGACAGGUUCGACAUUGGAUAGAGAUGCUGAUGUUGAAGCAUUGGAUGGGAAACUAAAAUCUGCUGGUCGAUAUUGGUCUGCAAAGUACAUGGCUUUGGAACGGCAUAAGAACCUAAAGCGUGCUCGUAUACUUGUCCCCAGAGACCUUGAUGCUACAGUUUCCGGAGAUUUUAUUCCUUUAACAGAUGCUCAAACAUCUGAUGAUGAAUGUGUUGAUGGUGAUGAUCCACUCUCGAGAACUUCAGUGGUUGAAGAGUCUUGGGAAGAUGAAGUGCUACGCAAAACACGUGAGUUUAACAAACUGACGAGGGAGCACCCCCAUGACGAAAAGGUUUGGUUGGAUUUUGCAGAGUUCCAAGACAGGGUUGCUGAUAUGCAACCCCAGAAAGGUGCUCGCUUGCAGAUUCUGGAAAAAAAGAUUAGCAUACUGGAGAAGGCAGCAGAGCUUAACCCAGAUAAUGAAGAACUGUUGCUUCCUCUUCUAAAGGCUUAUCAAAGGAGGGACAACUCUGAUGUAUUAAUUAGUAGAUGGGAAAAGAUACUUAUACAACAUUCAGGAAGUUACAGGUUGUGGAGAGAAUUUUUGCGCGUCAUUCAAGGGGAGUUCUCCAGGUUCAAGGUUUCAGACAUGAGAAAAAUGUACACACAUGCAAUCCAGGCUCUAGCUUCUGCUUGCAGAAAGCACAUUAGGCAGGUUUGCCAAGCAGAAAACCAUCCUCCAGAUGCUGCUACAGUUCAACUAGAACUUGGUCUGGUUGAUAUAUUUCUCAGUUUUUGUAGGUUUGAAUGGCAGGCUGGCUAUCAAGAGUUGGCCACUGCUCUAUUUCAGGCUGAAAUUGAAUUCAGUUUGUUUUGUCCAUCUUUACUCCUCACCGAACAGAGUAAACAGAUACUGUUCGAGCACUUUUGGAACAGUGAUGGUGCAAGAGUUGGAGAAGAAGGUGCUCUUGGUUGGUCUACAUGGUUGGAGAAAGAGGAAGAGAAUAGGCAAAGGGUUAUCAGAGAGGAGACUGCACAUGAUGAUGAAGGUGGCUGGACAGGUUGGUCAGAACCACUCGCACAAAAUAAGGAAAAUAGUAUAGAGACCGAAAAGGAGUCCGAAAGUAAUGUAGUGGUUGAGGAGUUUCAAGAGGAACUUGAGGAUGAAGAUGUCAAGCAAGAAGAAGAUACUGAAACUUUGCUAAAGAUGCUAGGGAUUGAUGUUGAUGUUGGUGCUAGUGGUGAGAUUAAAGACAGUUCAACCUGGAUUAAAUGGUCAGAAGAAGAGUUAUCAAGAGAUUGCGUUCAAUGGAUGCCUGUUCGUACAAGAGCUGCUGUCUCUCAUAAUGUUGGUACACCUGAUGGAGAAACAGAUGAUCACCUUUCGAGAGUCAUAAUGUAUGAAGAUGUCAACGAAUACCUGUUUUCUUUGAGCUCAUCUGAGGCCCGUUUAUCUCUAGUGUUACAAUUCGUUGAUUUCUUUGGCGGGAAAAGCUCUCAAUGGAUAUCUACAAACAGCUCCACUUGGGCCGAGAAGGUCCUUAGCUUGGAGGCAUUGCCAGAUUCGAUAUUACAAACUUUGAGAAAGGUUCAUGAUUUUUUAAUCAAAACACAAGGCAGUUCAAGUAAUUUCAGCUUGGAAUCUCUCUUGGGUACCACCAAUGACAUCUACAGAAGAACAGACAUGAUGAAAUUUCUUCGUAAUGCUACCUUGCUCUGUUUAUCUGCUUUUCCACGUCAUUUUGUCCUAGAAGACGCUGCUUUAGUUGCUGAAGAGCUAUCUGCUUUGAAUUUAAAUCCUUCCAGCCGUUCAGUUACCCCAUGCCGAGCUCUGGCAAAGUUCCUCUUAAAGAGUGACCGUCAGGAUGUGUUGCUAUGUGGAGUUUAUGCAAGAAGGGAGGCUUUUCAUGGGAAUAUUGAUCAUGCAAGAAGAGUAUUUGACAUGGCAUUGUCAUCUAUUGAAGGGCUUCCUUUGGAAUUACGGUCAAAUGCUUCUCUUCUAUAUUUCUGGUAUGCUGAGACAGAGCUUGCUAAUGAGCAUGGCAAUGGGUGUGAAUCAUCACUACGUGCAAUGCAUAUUUUAUUUUGCUUAGGAAGUGGUUCUACGUAUAGUCCGUAUAAAUCUCACCCAUCAAAUUUGCAAUUACUGAGAGCACGCCAAGGUUUCAAAGAAAAAAUAAGAACAGUACAAAUGGCAUUGAUGCGAGGUGUUAUAGAUGAUCAAUCUGUUGCUCUCAUAUGUUCUGCUGCUUUAUUUGAAGAGUUAACCUCUGGAUGGGCUGCGGGUAUUGAAGUUCUAGAUCAGGCUUUUGCAUUGGUGCUUCCAGAGAGAAAGAGCCGUAGUUAUCAACUUGAAUUUAUGUUCAGCUUUUAUAUGAAGAUGCUUUGGAAACAUCAUGGUCAGUCAAGUCUAUCAAAAUGCUGGGAGUCAAUAUUGCAGGGGCUUCAAAUAUAUCCAUGCAGCCCUGAACUAUUUAGUGAUUUCAUCAAAGUUGGCCAUCUUUAUACGACACCUAAUAAACUGCGGUGGGUGUUUGACGACCACUGUCACAAGAAACCUUCUGUGGUCGUCUGGCUUUUUGCAUUGUCAUUUGAAUUGAGUAAAGGAGGAUCGGAGCAUAGGAUCCGUGGAUUAUUUGAGAGGGCAUUGGGAGAUGAUAGGUUUCAUAACUCAGUUGUUCUUUGGCGAUGCUACAUUGCAUAUGAGAUGAACAUGGCAAAAAAUCCUUCAGCAGCUAGGAGAAACUUCUUCCGGGGUAUCCAUGCCUGCCCAUGGUCAAAAAAGCUAUGGCUUGAUGGUUUUAUGAAAUUGAAUUCCAUCUUAUCUGCAAAAGAGCUGUCGGAUCUCCAAGAAGUCAUGCGGGAUAAGGAACUGAAUCUGAGGACGGACAUUUACGAAAUUCUUUUGCAAGAUGAGUUUGUAUCGUAACAACUUGUGUCUGGAUGCGUGCCAGAAAUGGUAUACUUGAUCAAAACGACUUGGAAGACAAGUGUUACAAUGUUUGUUCGGAGGUUGUUGAAAACACAACCACAACCAUUUUAAUGAUGUAUAACAGAGAAUUUUAGAUAUUUGUGUGUACAACACCCACAUCUUGGUCAAUGAAUCUUUUUUGUACAGACUGUCAA